AUGCAGUCACCCAGAUUUGCUGAAGUUUUGGAGGACUUUGUGGACGAGUCGCCCGAAUCGCCAGUGCCUCUGGCAGCAGCCACCUGGGAUGGCUCUUCUCCGAACCCAGGUGCUCCUCGUCCCUCGGACACCAUCGAGGUGCUCGGCAUCGAGCGGCUGCUUGGCCAGGUGCAGGAGUAUGUGCAGAAGCAGCGACACAAUGGCAGAAGCCACCGGAAGUCGGGAGGCCCUCGUCAAGGCCGCCUGCCCAUGCUGUGCUCGUUGGAGGCAUCGCUGGCACCGCUUCCUUCCGCACUUGUCGCCACGACUCUGGGCGGAGACCGGCUGCCGGCACCAACCCGUCCACAGCCGGAGACCCAGCCAGAACCGGAAAGAGAGCGCGAGGACACCGCUGCUAUGGACCCCUGGGCCGAGACCGAGGACCUGGGCUCCACCAUGGUCUUCUCGCCGGAGGAACUGCUCGAGGUACCCGAGCCAGAGCAACACCACCGCUCCUCGUCGCCACCUCUCCAAGGGCGUGUGGUCGCCCCCGACGAACUGAGCGGCGAGGACGAUUGGUCAUCGGAUGCGGAGAGCACGGGCAGUGCAGCGCUCGAGCAACACCUGGAAGACAUGGCCUUCCUGCAGGCCUCCCUGGAUGCACGCAACCCACAGCAGGAGGGGGGCAGCGCACCACAGGGCAGGACGGGGGGAGAAAGCGUCGCCGAGCGCAUCGGGCGCAGCGUCACCUUGGCAGCGGCCACCUCGGAGGUAGACGGCAUCAGUUUGCCACCUCCACCAAGGUCCACCAUGGAGCAGGAACCACCACCAGACAGCAAGAGCGCAGCGCCCGGGGGUGGCUGGGGGCCUCUCACGUGGGGCCUCGCUCCCGCUGGGGACCAAGAGGGGCCAAAGGAGACACCCGCUGUGCCACCUCAGGCAGCGCAAGAAGCUGCCGCGCAAACUGCACCCCCAGACGAGGAAUGUCUCGUCAGCAGCCGCAAGGGCGAGCGUCUGGCCGGCAACAACAAGCACCGGAAAAGGCGUUCGUCGAAGAAGGACAAGAAAAAACGGGCACCAGCCGUGCACGGUGGGAAGGCGCGUGCAGCCAAGGGCCAGUACGAGGGGCUCUCUGUGGCCGACAUUCUGCGCCAUCCUCUGUCCAAGCGCUUUGUGCAGCGCACAGGAGAGGUGGUGCACAUCCUGGAGGCCAAGAACUCUAGGGUGACGGCUGGCAUCUUGCGGCAGCUGCAGGACAACAACCCAGUGUGGGUGCUGUUCUCGCCAAGGGACGCACGCUUUCCCCGACUCAUGGUGCCUGCACAGGAGUGCCCACCCGGUGAGUCAGACCAGGGAUGCCCGACAGUUUCCGGCUGA